UUGCUAAAUAAGAGCAAUUAUUAUUAUCAUUCCUUGAUAAUUAAUCUAUUUCAUCAUCUUCUAUUAUUCUCUCUCCUUCAAACAAUGGGUUCUGGUAGUAGUCAUCUGGGUUCUCUUCCACAACCACCAAAACGCAACAAAGUCAACCGUACCAGACAAAGAAUUGCUUCUUUUAUUUGUGGUGCUUCUUCUUCUUCUUCUUCUUCUUCUUCUUCUUCUUCUUCUUCAAGCUCCCAGAAGGAAGAUUGUGCAGCUGAAUGUAGCGUAAAAUUUGUGGAUUACCGUCAACAGAAAUCUAAUAAUUCGUCAAGUCACACAGAUGAUAUUAAUCCAACUUCUAGCUUGGGAAGUGGGUUUAGCAGCAAUCUCAGUCCCGGUUCUGGACCUAUAGUCUCAUCAGAGAGCUGUACUAUAAGUAGUGACUCUGUGUCUAUCCUAGAUGAUGCUCCGUUGGAAUUAUCAAAUAAGAGGAGAAGCUUUUCAGAAGGUGAUAAAAAUGGUUCUUCAUUUGGAAUUAAUGCUGAAAGCAAAUUUUAUCAGCAGAGAUUAGUUGAUUCUGUUAAUCCAUCUUCUGUAAGACAUUUACGGCAAGUAAGCCUUAGUUCUAACAGGCGCACAACCAAUGAGAUUGAUGAAGUGAUCAAUGAUAUGUCUCAUGCUAUCCCAGAGGUUUCAACACAUGAUGGAUUGCAGCAGGAGGAGCUGGAACAAUCUGCGGUUUUGGAUGAAGUUAGCGGGGUUACAGGAAGCCAAAGCUCUGUUUCUGGUCAAACUCUUGUUGUUUCUGAACCUGUCAUAGCUUCACAUUCACAUGGAGAUGAAGCCGUUCAUGAGAUGAUUCCUUCAGGAUUAGAUCUGUUUGUGUCAGAUAGAGCAGAAGCUCGGCCAGAAGGAAGUUCACUUCAUGUUGAUGUGGUGAGUUUCUCCUCCAAUCUUCUGCCCAGUACCAACAAUGAAAUAAGCACCCGUGAAGCCAGAAGAAACAGUAGGAGAAUUUUCUGGGAUGCUUUUUCAAGUCGCAAUUCAAGACGCCAUGCUGAAUUACUUUUCACAACCGAAGAUUCUGAUCUAAUGGGAUCUAAUCGCAGAUGGCUUCUUGAUAUCGGUGAUGAUUUUUUUGAUGAUGGCGAGGGUGUUGAGCCUUGGCGCUUUGGUCGGAGAAGUCGCUUCACAAAUGAUCAUCGUCGGACCUCUAGAUCUGAGUUCUGGGAUAGAUUGCGAGGUGUUUCUAUAGAAAAUAAUCAUCAUACUUCAUGCCCAAUGGAUUUGCAUCCUGAUGGAUCAUGCACCUGUGAUUUGGAGGAAGAGGCUAGUGCACUUUCAAGUAUAUCUCGUAUUAUCCUGCUUGCUGAAGCUCUAUUUGAGGUUCUGGAUGAAAUUCAUCGCCAGCCAGAGUCGCUCUCACUGUCUAUGCUGUCAGUCCCUGCUCCCGAGUCAGUUGUGGAUGAACUUCCAAUUAAAAUAUAUGAAAAACCAAGUAUGCCCGAUCAUGAAGAUGAUGCUGAUCAGUGCUAUAUUUGUUUGGUAGAGUAUGAGAAAGGGGAUAAAAUACGGGUUCUUCCCUGCCAUCAUGCAUAUCACAUGUCUUGUGUUGAUAAAUGGCUAAAAGAGAUCCACGGGGUGUGUCCACUAUGUCGUGGAGUCGUACGAGAAGGGGCCAGAGAGGUUGCUGCAUCCAGCUCAGAUGCAAAUCUCACAUAAAUUCGUGUAUAUAGAAGAAGCUGCUUAGUUUAAGGUUUUAUUCCAAAAAUAUCGGUUACACUGAAUUUUGGAUGAUACCUAAACCAAAUGUUAUCCUGACAGUGUCUUCACUCUUCUGUUGACAUAAUCAUGUAAAUAUAAGUCAGAUUUGCAAGUACAGUUGCUUAAUUCUCAGCACACGACCUUCUGUCUUCAAUAAUAUUGGUUCCAGUACAAGCUUAUAAACAUUUCCAUGCAAUUACAGUCGCUACAUUUUAAGCACAAUAGUGGUUUCGAAAUGCAGGUUAUCAAGGAUGGAUAAAUUCUACAGCAUAAACAGCCAAGAAAGCUUAGACAUUUGAAUACGUAUCCCUUAGUAGUCCGGUAGUCCCUUGUAAAAAAUAGGGAUGACACACUAGUAAAAUUAUACAGGUUUCGCAUCAUAUCCGCUUUAGUUGGGCGGGUAUAAGUAUGAAUAUGAUGGGUCGUGAGUGGAUAUGAAUAUGAAAAGUUAUAUUCGUCAUAGGUAGUGAGUAAGUGGUGUUUGCAUGAAGUCUUACCCACCCAUCCAGCUACAUCCCACCAGCUUAA